CCGGCAACGACCAUAAAAGGCCGGUGUGCUUCUCCAACGCCGAAGAGAACUCGCUCGCUCGGAUCUCGCAGCGUCUUUCGCCAAUCGUUCCCUCAGCUCUUAAUUUUCCGCUAAGCACCCCGUCGCUACAGCCCUCUCCGUAGCCUCUCAAAAAUGGCCCGCCUCUUUGCUGUUCUGCUGGCCGCUGUCGCCACGUUCCAGGUUGGCUCUGCCGCUCCGCAUUACCCGUACCCCAACGGCACGGUUCCAGCUAUUCCCGCGCCGACGACCACGGGCUUCGCGAGCAACCUGGUCCCGCACGAGGCGCCCAAGCGCCGACUACGAGAGUUCCCCAUCUCACUCGUCCGCCCUUAGAUGUCACUUCCCAUAACGUCCUAAUCCACCGCCCUCGCGAAUAACGAUGAGCCGGAUGAGGGUUCGGCAAGCAUCCGCCAGGCUGGUUGGAUCAUCCCCCGAGCCAGAUAUCACAACAACACCACGUUAAUGGAUAACGCCCCAUUAUUACGGAUCCCGAACGGACGGACCCCAGCUUCAUUCUCGACCAUGCUACCUGACAAAUCGAACGGGUCCUGUUUUUAUAUUCAUGUUCAUACAACAAUUCCAUGACCAGUAGAAAGAACCUCCGCAGUUGCACGCCAAGGAAUACUGGAGGGCGAGGAAAAAGUCUCGUUUCGACUAUGCUUAAUAGCCAGCUUUCCAGCUCGUGUUAUUAGCAAGGGACGGGUUGGCUAACGGGGUGGAGGUGGAGUUGAGCGAAGAUACAAGUUUGAGCUUCACUAUCUUUCAUGUCCGAAUCCCACACUUUGAUUCAGUAUAAUACGAUUAUCACUCAGCUCCUACCCUCA